GCUAGUCCAGCCCCGCCUCCGAGCUCUGUCAUGGCGGCGUCCGGUGCUCGAGCCGGUCUGAGAGAACGCGACGAUGCUGGGGUUUCUGUCCGCGCGACAAACUGGUUUGGAAGAUCCUCUUCACCUCCGGAGAGCAGAGUCCACACGGAGGGUUUUGGGACUGGAGUUAAACAAAGACAGAGAUGUUGAAAGAAUCCAUAGCAGUGGAGUUAACACCCUUGACAUUGAACCUGUUGAAGGGCGAUACAUGUUAUCAGGUGGUUCAGAUGGUGUGAUUGUGCUUUAUGACCUUGAGAACUCCAGCAGACAACCUUAUUACACAUGUAAAGCCGUGUGUUCCAUUGGCAGAAACCAUCCUGAGGUUCACAAAUACAGUGUGGAGACUGUACAGUGGUAUCCUCAUGACACUGGCAUGUUCACAUCAAGCUCAUUUGAUAAAACUCUUAAAGUAUGGGAUACAAACACAUUACAAACUGCAGAUAUGUUUAAUUUUGAGGAGACAGUUUAUAGUCAUCAUAUGUCUCCAGUCGCCACCAAGCACUGUUUGAUAGCAGUCGGUACUAAAGGGCCCAAAGUACAACUUUGUGACUUAAAGUCUGGAUCCUGUUCUCACAUUCUACAGGGUCACAGACAAGAAAUAUUGGCAGUUUCCUGGUCACCACGUUAUGACUAUAUCUUGGCAACUGCAAGUGCUGACAGUAGAGUAAAAUUAUGGGAUGUGAGGAGAGCGUCAGGUUGUUGGAUGACUCUUGAUCAACAUAAUGGGAAAAAGUCACAAGCUGUUGAAUCAGCAAACACUGCUCAUAAUGGGAAAGUUAAUGGCUUAUGUUUUACAAGUGAUGGGCUUCACCUUCUCACUGUUGGUACAGAUAAUCGAAUGAGGCUCUGGAAUAGUUCCAAUGGAGAAAACACACUUGUGAACUAUGGAAAAGUUUAUAAUGACAGUAAAAAAGGAUUGAAAUUCACUGUCUCCUGUGGCUGCAGUUCAGAAUUUGUUUUUGUACCAUAUGGUAGCACCAUUGCUGUUUAUACCGUUUACUCAGGAGAACAGAUAACUAUGCUAAAGGGACAUUAUAAAAGUGUUGACUGCUGUGUAUUUCAGUCUAAUUUCCAGGAACUAUAUAGUGGUAGCAGAGACUGCAAUAUUCUCGCUUGGGUACCGUCCUUAUAUGAACCUGUUCCUGAUGAUGAUGAGACUACAACAAAAUCCCAGUUAAAUCCAGCUUUUGAAGAUGCCUGGAGCAGCAGUGAUGAGGAAGGAUGAAUGUUAACCUUUAGUACCUUUUUUCUCUAUUGAUGAUGAAUCUUUUUAGGUGGAAAUGUUUGUGUGGGUUUUUGUUUUUUUAACUGUCUGGUCUAUUCCACAACUAAAUUAGUCCUCAGUUUGGAUAAUUUUUCCCUCAUGUUUUAAAAUGAGGUUAAUAUUUGCAUGAAGUCCUAAAACAGACUUCUAUAUAGUUUAUUAAUCAAAAUAUGUCCUUUGAUCCCAUUUGCUGUGGCCUGGGGCCACUACUGCUGUAAUAUGAGGACAUGAGUUAUUACACCUCAGUUGGGACCUUGAGCAGAUUUUCUGAACUGUAAGAUGCAAUCUCAGAGGAUCAGCAAGUGGAGGUUAUCAGCUGGCUGUACCAUCAGAAUGAUUUUACCAAGGAUGAUUACAUUAAAAAUAGUAGUUGACAUGGCAACAUCAGAAUUAUUAUUAUUUUUUUGGAGUCAGAGUCUCUGUUGCCCAGGCUGG